AUCCCAAGAGUUAAACUUGGAAGUCAGGGAUUUGAGGUCUCAAAAUUGGGGUUUGGAUGCAUGGGCCUGAGUGGGGUCUACAACUCUCCUGUCCCUGAGGAGGAUGGUAUCUCCAUAAUAAAACAUGCCUUCAGUAAAGGAAUCACUUUCUUUGACACAGCUGAUGUAUAUGGACCCCACUUGAAUGAAAUUCUUCUUGGCAAGGCUUUGAAGCAGUUGCCAAGGGAAAAAGUUCAAGUGGCCACAAAGUUUGGUAUUACUGGAAGACGUGAUCCUCCUGGAAUUACAGUGAAGGGCACUCCUGAGUAUGUCCGCUCAUGCUGUGAGGCUAGCCUCAAUCGUCUUGGCGUCGACUACAUUGAUCUGUAUUAUCAGCACCGGGUGGACACGACGGUGCCUAUAGAGGAAACCGUAGGUGAGCUCAAGAAACUGGUGGAAGAAGGAAAAGUAAAGUAUAUUGGGUUGUCUGAAGCCAGCCCGGACACAAUAAGGAGGGCACAUGCAGUUCAUCCCAUCACGGCUUUACAAAUUGAGUGGUCCCUCUGGACUCGUGAUAUUGAGGAAGAGCUUAUUCCAGUUUGCAGGGAGCUUGGCAUUGGAAUAGUUCCAUAUAGUCCUCUUGGUCGUGGUUUUUUCGGAGGCAGAGGAGUUGUGGAAAGUGUGGCUCCAAAUAGUUUUGCGGCCAACCAUCCUCGGUUUGUAGGAGAGAACUUAAACAAGAACAAG